AUGGCUUCAUCUACACUAUCUCCUGCAAUAACGAGAAAAUCUAAACCUCUUAAUGAAAAAACCAAACAAUCUUUGUCAUCGACAACUACAAUAUCGACUACAACUACUUGUUCCUCUAUAGCAACAACCGUCACUAAUACUACGAGUUGGAAAGACAGUUUCAACGCCGAAAUGUUGUUAACCAAAAAUAAUUCAUCAAAUAAUCCAUUAUUUACAUCAGAACGUUACAACAAAACAAUUGAAUUAGUCAACAAUGCAAAGUUAAAACGUUAUGGUGAUAGAAAUGAAUAA